UUAAAUUCAUUUUUAGAUUCUGACAUCUUCCAUAUCACCUGAGAAUCCUAAAUUUCAGGUUUGGGGAUUUGAAUUUAUACUAUUAGGGUGAGCCAAAGACUUCCAAACUGAGAAAUAUAUAAAGUAUCCCUGGGCUGGUGAUACCUUUGAAACACCUGGCAGAUACAUUGUGAAACUCUGUUUCGAGGAGGGACAGGUUCUCAAGGUCCCAUGCUAGUCUCAUGAUAAAGGUGUCACUUGGAUUGAAAGACUGCAGUGGGCAUUCAAGUCUAAGUGCCUGAGAUAUGUUUGUAAGAAAAAAAAAGGAAAAAUGAGUCAGUUUACAAGAAUAAAAUGCUAUUCAACUUUAAUUGAAGUGUGUGACUUAAGAACCUAUGGGACAAGAUAUGAAGUACUGGUAAUGAAAGGAAGCAAAGAAUUGAUAACUAAAAAUCAUAGUCAAGAGGAAACAAGUAUUCUUCGUUGUUGGAAAUGUAGAAAAUGUAUAGCAAGCUCUGGUUGUUUUAUGGAGUAUCUUGAGAAUCAAGUGAUUAAGGAUACAGAUGAUUCAGUUGAUGCUCAAAAUAUUUGCCAUGUGUGGCACAUGAAUAUAGAAGCCCUUCCAGAAUGGAUAAACUGCCUGAUCCAAAAAGCCCAGUGGACAGUUGGAAAACUGAAUUGCCCUUUCUGUGGGGCCCGUUUAGGGGGCUUUAAUUUUGUCAGCACUCCAAAAUGUUCCUGUGGCCAGCUUGCAGCUGUACAUCUCUCCAAGAGCCGGACCGAUUAUCAGCCAGCACAGGCAGGCGGACUAAUGAGACCAUCACUGAAAUACUUGUCACAUCCUAGAGUUCAGUCAGGUUGUGACAAGGAAGCUCUGCUGACAGGUGGUGGCUCUAAAAACAGAAAUCACAGGCUUUUAAACAUGGCCCGAAAUAAUAAUGACCCUGGAAGAUUAACAGAAGCACUCUGCCUGGAGGUGCGAUCAACAUAUUUUGAGAUGAAGAAUGAAAAACUGCUCUCCAAAGCAUCAGAACCAAAAUACCAGCUUUUUGUUCCCCAGCUUGUGACUGGCAGAUGCACUACAAGAGCUUUUCAUAGAAAAUCACAUAGUCUGGAUCUGAACAUCAGUGAGAAACUGACUUUAUUACCCACUUUAUAUGAAAUACAUAGUAAGACUACUGCCUAUUCCAGACUAAAUGAAACGCAGCCUAUUGACCUUUCAGGCUUGCCUUUACAAUCUAGUAAAAAUAGCUGUUCCUUUCAGAAUCCAUCCAGUUUUGAUCCUAGUAUGCUGCUGCAAAGAUUUUCAGUGGCCCCCCAUGAGACCCAGACACAAAGAGGAGGAGAAUUUCAAUGUGGUCUAGAAGCUUCUUCAGUGUACUCUGACCAUACUAAUACUAACAAUCUGACUUUCCUGAUGGACCUGCCCUCAGCUGGCAGGAGCAUGCUGGAGGCCUCAGACCAGGAAGAGCACCUCUCCCCUCUGGACUUCCUGCACUCAGCCAGUUUUUCAUUGGGCAGCAUUAAUCAGAGGCUCAAUAAGAGAGAAAGGAGCAAGUUGAAGAAUCUAAGAAGGAAACAACGAAGGCGUGAAAGAUGGCUACAGAAACAGGGUAAAUACUCAGGAGUGGGAUUGCUGGAUCAUAUGACUUUGAAUAAUGAGAUGAGUACAGAUGAAGACAAUGAAUAUGCAGAAGAAAAGGAUAGCUACAUCUGUGCAGUGUGUCUGGACGUUUAUUUCAACCCUUAUAUGUGUUACCCUUGCCAUCACAUCUUCUGUGAGCCCUGCUUGCGGACUCUGGCCAAAGACAAUCCUUCCAGCACUCCAUGCCCAUUAUGUCGGACAAUUAUUUCUAGAGUCUUUUUCCAGACAGAAUUGAACAAUGCCACAAAAACAUUCUUUACUAAAGAAUAUUUGAAAAUAAAACAAAGCUUUCAGAAAUCCAACUCUGCAAAAUGGCCCCUACCAAGCUGCAGAAAAGCAUUUCAUCUUUUUGGAGGUUUCCACAGACGUGCAGCUCCAGUUACAAGAAGGCAGUUCCCGCAUGGUGCACACAGGAUGGAUUACCUGCACUUUGAGGAUGAUAGCCGUGGAUGGUGGUUUGACAUGGAUAUGGUGAUCAUAUAUAUUUAUUCAGUGAACUGGGUCAUUGGAUUCAUUGUUUUCUGCUUUCUUUGCUAUUUUUUCUUUCCGUUUUAGGAAUUUUCAUACCUUACUACAGUUGACCAAUCAUAAAUGAUGUAAAUAACAAUUGCUUAAACAUUUUUAAAAUGUGCUUUGAAGUUUUUUUAAUGUUGCAUUAUACAAAUUGUUGGUGUUUAUACAAAGCCUGAGAAUAAUGAAUUCAUUUAUUAAUGUUUUUCAUGUAACAAACUAAACCUUAUUCAAGAGCUAACCUACCCACCACUUAGCAACAAUGCACUAUUAAUUUCAUAGUUGUUCUUGGGUUAGGGUUUGGGGCUCUGAUUUUAUAAUAUCACUAAUACUUAUUUUGAUUGUAAAAAACUGAAGUUUUCUCUCCACUUAAAAUAGUAAAAAUACAAAAAGAAAUGAUAAUCUAGGUAGAUUUUAUCUUUACUGAUAAAAUAUUUAAUCAAUCACCACUUAUUCUCAAAUUAUAUGUAUUAAAGAUAAACCAUAUUCUCUGGGAAAUAAUGUAGCAGGGUAUGUUCAGUUUUGCUUUCUAAUUAUCACUACUUAUAUCCCUUUCUAUUACCAAGAAAACUGACUAUUCUUUUUGUACAGAUCUAAUUAGUGCAACAUUUUAAAUUAUUAUAAACUGAAUAGUAAAUACAAAUCAUGAGACUAAUCUCUACGAACAGACACUUUAGAGAGCUAUAUUAACACUUUCCAGAUAGAAGGAUUAAUCACCUGAAGACAUAAAAAUUUACCGACUUUUAGUAGUCUAAAAGAGCAGUGCAUGUCCAAAAUGUAGUUUAGUGAUUCAUUUAAUGAGGAGAUGGUCAAAUAUAUUGUAAAUGUGCAAUAAAGAGUGGCUUUUAAUUUUUUUUAAGUUUUUAAAUGUCUGAAUAAAGAAUUGUUAGAAAUAGGCUUAUGGAUUUAUAGAAAGAAAGCCUGACAUUUUUAAUUACAGUAAUCAUUAAUUUUUUCAUUAUUAAACUUUAAAAAUAGGAGACCUGAAUCAUUAGAACGUGGGAUAGAAUUGGGGCAGGUAACCCAAUUUGAAAAAUGAAAAACUGGAGCAGAGACUUAAGCUUAUUUAUUCAGUUAUUCUGGUGGUCUUUGUGAAACCUCGGACAAAAGUUUUUAUUAUGAAUUACUCAUCCAGUAUUACUACAUUGUGAUGUCAUAUAUCUGGUAAUUCAAUAAGCAUACUUUUACAUAAACUAGGUGACUCUCUCAUGGCACUAAAAAUACUACCACUAUCCAAAAACAUUGGGAUCAACUGGACUUUAACAGUUUCAAUCUAUGAAAAGCCAAAAUUUAGGCUAAUUGCUACUAACUGUAUUUCAAUAAAAGCACUUGACUGUUGGUAUGUGAUGUUCUAAGAAAUCUAGAAGAAUGGUACUGAUUUCUAUUCUAAUGCUGUUAUUAUUGUGUUUUAAAUUAUAUCUAUUACAGAAAAUAGUAUAUACUAGACAUCAAAUCUAGAAAUCAGAAAACUAAAUGUAAUUUAGAAACACAGAGAUACCUUUAUACUCAUAAAUGGAUAUUUAUAAUUACUAAUUCCUCAAAGUAAACAUAAGGGAAAAUAUCAGCCCUCUUAAAAUAUAUAACAAGAUUGAAAAAUUAACACACACCUGAGGAGUUGCAUUAUUUUAAGAACUUUAAAUUGCAGCCAUUACCUAGGCAACUUCUGGUUUAUACACUCUAGAAAAUAUAUCUUGAUUCCUUCCUAAAUUUCAAUAAAAGCUUAGUUUAAUUAUGUAUAAACUAAAUAAGUAGUAUUAUAUAUACAGAUCUCUCAUAGAAACAAAGUUGAUUCCCAGUAUAUAUUUGUUAGGUCAGUGAUACAUAUCCGUUUAUAGAUCUCAAUCCACUAAAUAUUUAUGAUACCCUUAAAUAAAUAUUAACCUUUAAAUGAAGAAAGUAUUAUCUGGAAAAGCAUUCAAAAUGGAUUGAGUAUAUACAUCUUGACUAAUAACUUGAUCUGAAAAUUAUAGAAUAUUAAAAUAAGUAAAUUCAUGAAAUUAUAAAUUACUCAUCUUACUUUAAAAUAUUCUUAAAUUUUAUACAAGUGGAGAUAAAAAAACUGCUAAAUAUUAAGAAGUAUGGCAUUUCCUAGAUCCACCAGCUUAUGAGAAGCCAGAUAAAAUCUCAGAUGGAAAGAAACAAGUUUCUUCUGGUACGUAGCACACAGUAGCCAUUCAAAAUAAAAUACAUGGAUGAGCUUUAGAGUAAAACAAAAAAUUAUAAUGCUCUUCCUUAGCAUGUCUCACAGUAAAAACUCAUUGUCCAAUAAAGAACCAAAGAAGGGAAAAGAAGAAAAAUGUUAAAGUUAACAAAGUAUAGUACUUGUCCCAAGUAAUAUUAUUUAAUAAGCUUAAUUUUAUGAGUUAUUACCUAUAAUAAUUUCUAUUUCUACCAAACUUAAUUAUGGUAAAGGUUAAUUUUAAACAUGUUCACACAUUCUUUUAAAAAAAUGCCCUAAUUGAGGUACAUUUCUGAAUAGUUUCAGCAGAUUAUUUUUUAAUUUUACAAAAGCAAAUUCACAAAUCCAGAUCCAUUUAUUUUAUACUUAGCAGAAGAUAGGGAAAUUUAAAUUUGACAAAGUUGAAAAAGAAUCAGAAUUUAUAUUUUACAAAGCUACCAGUAUGAAUCCAACAAAAUCAGGAAUGGGAAAAACAUUUUCUGUACCUGCUAUAUUAUUAAUGCCACUCUAGUAUUAUAUGCUAAAUAUGAAAGCAGUGCUGCCAUCAGAUUCACUUCUGCCUUGGAAUCUUGCUCCUAAGUUCUAUGGCAUAACAAAAUUCCAGUUAAUAAAAUUUUCAUUUAAAUGUCUUUUGUAUGGCUAAAUACACAGAUUCUUAAACAUCUAAUUUUUAUAUGGAUUUCUCAAAGAAUGCCUUAUAGAAGAGCAUUCUCUGACUGAAUGCAAUUACAGUUGAAGUCUUUGAUUCUUCACAGAAUUCUGUAGUUGAAGCCAGAGAACACUGUCAUUUAGGAAAGUGUUCCUAAAGGUUUGCAUGCUUUAACAUGCUCAAUUCUUACUUCUUGAAGUGUUUGAUUGUCAGUAAAUUUUCAAAGAACAUUAAAGUUCUACCAAUGUAUACUUUUUUCCCAGAA